UUGUUUUUUUGAAAACUAUUAACCUAGAAUUAAGAUGUUGCCACAACUGCUGUUCCCUGUUUUUGGCUAGGCUUCUGCCGUUUUGAGCCACUUUUGUUAAACUUGUUGGCUGUAUUGCUUGUUGCACUGGUACUGUUAACCAGUAGUUUCUGACGACGGAGGAGCAGCGUUACAGUUUGAGAAAAAAUCGGUCAAUGGAAACGGGCUUGUAAGCAGGUGCAAUAGCUUGGAGAGCCAGUAACAGACUUAGAUCCAUUGGCUAGGCGGGAGAGGCUUCACCAGAAUGUCGCUAAAGAAGGAGACACCCUCCGAUGUGCAGCUGCACAUGGCAGCCAUGAGGGGCGAUGAGGUGGCUCUGCUUCGAGUUCUCGACAGCGGAAAGGUUCAUGUGGAUUGCAAAGACGAGGAUGGAACGACACCUUUAAUAUUGGCUGCUGCUGGUGGUCAUACCUACUGUGUAAUGGAACUCCUGGACCAGGGAGCCGAUCCCAACUCCCGCCGUCUAACAGGCACGACACCCCUCUUCUUUGCCGCACAGGGCGGCCACUUGGAUGUGGUUAAGAUUCUGAUGAAGGCCGGUGCCAGUGUAGACACGCCAUCGGCGGAUGGUGGAACGCCCCUCUUUGUAGCCGCCCAAGGCGGUCACGUGAAGAUUGUACGUGAACUCUUGGACUGCGGGGCAAAUGUCAACGCACACAUGAAGGAUCGUGCCACUCCAGUGUUUAUAUCAGCUCAGAAUGGGCACCGCACAGUGUUGUCUCUGCUAAUCCAGGCGGAUGCCGAGAUCGAUGUUAAGCGUAUGGACGGUGCCACACCCCUUUGGAUAGCUGCUCAGAUGGGCCAGGACCACAUCUGCAAGGUACUGCUGCAGAACGGUGCCAAUGUGGACACGGUACGCUGUGACGGCGCUACCCCGCUCUUUAAGGCCGCCCACAAGGGCCAUGCGGCGGUCAUCACCGUGCUGCUCAAGUACCGCCCCAAUCUGGGCCUGCUACCCAACGGGGAGUCGGCGCUGCAUGCGGCGGCCAUGUUCGGGCACAUGACCGUCUGCAAGCAGUUGGUGGCCGCCGGGAGCGAUGUGCUGCUGAAGAACCAGGAGGGACUCACGGCCCUCCAGUUGGCCCACCAGCAGAAGUACACCUCCAUCUGUGAUUACCUCCAGGAGCGGGUGCGAAUGGUGGUGGCGCGCUCCGCUAAGGCGUUGGCCCCCAACACGAUCACAUCAGGAAUGACCCCAAAGGUCACAACGAUGUCGGCGUAAGACAUAUAUCGGCCUUCAAGCCUCCAAUGUACCUUUUUGCACAAUACGUUGGCCUUUUUGCUUAUGUUUAAAGAAAGUUAGAGAGCACUGGGCAAUCCAUAAAGGAAGAAUUCACAUAUAUAGCUACAAUUUGGAUAAUAAAGUAUGGAAUUCUGCCUCAAAGUGGAUUGUCCUGAGCGGGGUUACCCAAAUACCCCAUCCUCAAUGCAAAAAUAACCGAAUAAAAAAUUCACUACUAAGAACACGUCCAUGCUAAAGCAAAUAGCAGCCCCCCAGAAUAUAACAAAAAAAAAACCUUAUAUAUAUAUAUUAGAUAAUGCGU